CGUGGAGCGCAGCAAAUUGUAUCGGUUCGUGAUGAAACCGUCCGGUUAGCCGAACGCUGCAGUUACACGCUUGGGACAGGCCGCGGUGCAUGAGCGACCGAUCGCUGGACGACCUCGUCCACGCUGUUCAGCGCUACGACUAGAUUGCGCUUCUGGCGCCGUGGACACACAUCGAUGUCGCAAACACGAUGCUCUGCCGCGAGGCCGACGGACUCUGGAACGAGCCGCUGCGCGCUCAGCUCUCGCGGGAAAUUGCUGGGCUCUACGCCGGCCUACUCGAGAAGCACCGGUCCAUGAACGUCCACAGCAUGAUCUCGAACGCCGCCAACGAGACGCGUCUCCACGGACGGCUGCUCGUCGAAGUCAAACGCCGCAUCUGCGUGCCCGAGACGCUCGAGCGCGUCAAAGCCCAGGCCGCCAAGCCCCCGGAGCACACGACACCAAACGAAUUGGAUUCGGGGCUGCACUUUCGCCGCCGCCGGCCGACACCAAAAACAUCCGAGGCCAACGACGCAACCAAAGCGCACCGACAGAGCGCCGUGAGCCCGAAGAAGAUGUCGCUGCUGUCGAUCCGGUCGGCCAAGACGCUGUCGACGGCGCCAGAGUUGUCCAACCAAGCGAUGUCACCGGCCAAAGCCAAAGACGAUGGCGUCAACGACAAGCUCGCGUCGUCCGUCCGCUUUGUGCAUUUCCCCAAGACACGCGUGGACCUGCGCGACUUGCUGCAGACGACGGCGACGACGGAGCUCCCUGUGACGCACUUUCAUGAUCGACCGGUCUUCGCCUCGGCCAUACUCGACGCAGGCGUGCCUCUCCCCAAACGCACCCCUUCCACGAUGCCCCCGCCUCGUCCGCGGUACCUCUACGCCGAGAACAGUGCUGCGCUGCCCCACACCAAGCCCAUCUUUGACGACUACGUCGUGCCCAAGGAAGUCUGGGACGCCGUCGAGGCCGAGCGAUCGCUCCAGAGCAUGAAGGUCGACGCGUGUAGCAACUUUGAGCCGCUGCCGCAAGACGAUUUGCCCAUGGACGUGUACUUUGCGCGCGAGUGCCCGCAGGAGCGCGACAUGAUCUCCAAGGCGCUCGCGACGCUGAGCAUUCGCCCCGAGAAGCGCGUCGAGCGGUCGGUCACAGCGGUUUACAUGGACGAGAGCCUUGCGAGUACGAGCAACGACGUGCUUUUGCCCGAGGUGCGCCGGCUCUUUGACGCCGCGAGCGGCCAGUACCACGAGCUGCGCGCACACAUGCUUCGCAGCGUCAAAAUGUCGGCGCUGGUCGAUCUCGCGCUCAAGUGCAAUCUCUGCGACCUCGCGAUGGAGGCGCCGGCGCGCGCCACGUCGGCCGACCCGCGCGUUGAGAUCCCCAAACACCUCCAGCCGCCGCCCAAAGCCGCGCGUGGUCGCAGCCGCGAAGCAAACUCUCCUCGGCGCCGCGUCAUUGCAGAGAAGCGGUUGUCGAAGCGGGACGCACUGGACCAGCUCGUGCACUUGAGUGACGUCGACCAACGACUGCUCACGCAGCUCGAGUUUUACGACCUUAGCGCUGACAACAACACUGUCUUCGACCCGAUCGCGCUCGAGCCGCUCCUGAGCGUGCGGUUCGAGACGGUGUGGCGCGGCUUGCUCAUGCACACGACACGCCGCUUCGACCUUGCGCUCAAGUACAGCCAGCCCGAGUUCUCGGCCCGGCUUCCGGACGCCGUCGUGCUCUGGGAGGUGUGUGCGUACUGGGUCGCAGAGCGCGAGACGACGGUGGAUUACAUUCGCAAGCUGCUCAAAGGGGCCGACACGAGCGCCUCGCAAGCGCACCAGCUCUACGAGCUCGUCCUGACGCUCGUGAGCUGCACGACGAAGCUCAAGCAAGCCAUGGCUCUGACGCACGCGCAAGUCAACGACUUUAUCGCGUACGAGGACGAGUUUUACCUCCACCGCCUCGUCAACCAGCACCAGCAACUCGAGCGCGACCUACGCACGCAUCCGCUGUGGCACGACCCCAUCCACCUGUCGACACCGAGUGUUCAAUAGGCGUUCUAGUAUAUAUUAGUGUAUAUUCAUAGUAGUUUGGAC